AUGGGCCCCUGUACCGCCUCCUCAUGCUGCUGCCAGGCCCGUAAUCUGCCAUGGGCCCCCGUACCGACUCCUCAUGCUGCUGCCAGGCCCGUAAUCUGUCAUGGGCCCCUGUACCCGCCUCCUCAUGCUGCUGCCAGGUCCAGAGUGUGUCAUGGGUCCCUGUACGGCCUCCCAUUGCUGCUGUCUCCAUCGCCACACUCUGCCAUGUGCCACUUUCAGGUCUCCUCACACUGCUGGUGGGUUCCAUUUUGUCAUAGGGUGCUGGCAGAUUACGGGCCUCCCAUUGCUGCUGCCAGGCCCGUAUCUGCCAUGGGCCCCCGUACCGACUCCUCAUGCUGCUGCCAGGCCCGUAAUCUGUCAUGGGCCCCUGUACCGCCUCCUCAUGCUGCUGCCAGGCCCGUAAUCUGCCAUGGGCCCCCGUACCGACUCCUCAUGCUGCUGCCAGGCCCAGUAAUCUGUCAUGGGCCCCUGUACCGCCUCCUCAUGCUGCUGCCAGGUCCAGAGUGUGUCAUGGGUCCCUGUACGGCCUCCCAUUGCUGCUGUCUCCAUCGCCACACUCUGCCAUGUGCCACUUUCAGGUCUCCUCACACUGCUGGUGGGUUCCAUUUUGUCAUAGGGUGCUGGCAGAUUACGGGCCUCCCAUUGCUGCUGCCAGGCCCGUAAUCUGCCAUGGGCCCCCGUACCGACUCCUCAUGCUGCUGCCAGGCCCGUAAUCUGUCAUGGGCCCUGUACCGCCUCCUCAUGCUGCUGCCAG